CCACCCGCUCCCCUCCCCUCCUCCCUCCCUCCCCUUCCUCUCCUCCCUCAGGCGGCGCCGAGGCCUGCAGGCCGCCCGAGGCGAGGCCUGGCCCGGCCCGGCCGCGUCGCGCCCCGGGCCCGGCCGGCGCAGCAGGCAGCGGCGGCGGAGGGCGGGGGCCCUGGCGGCGGCGGCUGAGCGGGCCGCCCGCCCUGGCCUGUCUGGACGGUCCCCCGGCGGGCCCUCCGCAGCCCGGGGCCGGCCCGCCUCGGCCUCCGCCGCCGCCCCCUCCGCCAUGGCCCAGCAGCAGGUGAGCAGCUCGCAGAAGGCGCUGAUGCUGGAGCUGAAGGGCCUGCAGGAGGAGCCGGUCGAGGGCUUCCGCAUCACCCUGGUGGACGAGUCCGACCUCUACAACUGGGAGGUGGCCAUCUUCGGGCCGCCCAACACGCUCUACGAGGGCGGCUACUUCAAGGCUCAUAUUAAGUUCCCUAUGGACUACCCCUAUUCACCACCUACCUUCAGGUUCCUGACCAAAAUGUGGCAUCCCAACAUUUACGAGAAUGGAGAUGUAUGUAUUUCAAUCCUUCACCCACCCGUAGAUGACCCUCAGAGCGGAGAGCUGCCAUCUGAAAGGUGGAACCCAACUCAGAAUGUCAGGACUAUUCUACUGAGUGUAAUCUCCUUGCUUAAUGAACCCAACACCUUUUCUCCGGCGAAUGUGGACGCUUCAGUCAUGUUCAGGAAAUGGAGGGACAGCAAAGGCAAAGACAAAGAAUACGCUGAGAUCAUUCGGAAACAAGUUCAAGCCACUAAGGCAGAGGCGGAAAAGGACGGUGUGAAGGUUCCCACCACGCUGGCGGAGUAUUGCAUCAAAACUAAAGUGCCUUCCAGUGACAACAGCUCAGAUUUGCUUUAUGACGACUUGUACGAUGAUGACAUUGACGACGAGGAUGAAGAGGAGGAGGAAGACGCCGAUUGUUAUGACGACGAUGAUUCUGGCAACGAGGAGUCGUGACCUGCUCCCUCCGGCCCCUGUACUGCCCCACCUGUUUGGCCAGAGGCGAGCAGCAGUAACCUGGUGACAGUUCAGCAAAAAAAUAUAUAUAUACACACACAUGGGGGGUGGGUGGGGAAGAAUACCAACCAAACCUGCGUCUCCCGCUUUCUCCUGUUCUAUGGAUCUCAGCCUUUCCCCCCUCCUCCCCCUUCCUGUUUGGACCUUUUAGCAAGAGAUCCCUCCACCGAAUGUCUUGAUUCUUGCAUCCUUCCCCAUCCCAUCACUGCGUUCUGAUUUUUCUUUUUAAAAAGAAAGAGGCUUCCCCCUUUUCCUCUCCUCUUCAGGAGCAUACACAACACAAAACAGGUUUGCUCUGUGUUUAGGGUCUUGAAUUAAACACAGUCUUGCAUCAAGAUGUUUAAUGUAUUUAACGCCGGAGACUGCGGGGUGCUCCCCGCGAGCUGCAUUUUAAACAGGCGAGAACAAAAGCGAAUCGGCUGCAGAGCCCUUGCCAAGAUUGAGCUGCUCCGUUGGCGACGCCAGCCUGCACGCUUGUUGAGCCUCGGUGGUGGUGGUGGUGGUUCUUUUUUGGGAUUUUUUUUCUUUUACGUUGGGCAGAGUGCGAAAGCUCUAGUGAGUUGAGCUUGACAAGGCCUGGUGCUGAAAGGUCCAGUAUUCCAUUUCAGUUCUGCUAAAAUGGGGGUGGGUGGGAGGGAGGGAAUAAUGCUUGGGACUCUAGCCCCCAGAGGGCAUGGGGGGAGUUGGCUGUCUUGUGAUGGGAAUGUUACAAUCAACAUAUGCAACGCUGUGCUCUUGUUCCCUUGAGCCUUUCGCUUGCUCUUAGGCGGAGGUAGGGCAGGAGGGGACCUUUGGCCCAUUGUCCAAGAGCAAACACCAGGUGCCUCCUAAUUUUGGGGGCGCACUCUCCAGUGGCACACAUGCUUCAGGCCCAUAAACAGGGCUGGCAUUGGCUGCUGCCUCGCAGUAGCCUCUACGGUGUGCUCCCUUAGGGCAGAACUGGCCCAGCCGCCUUGGCAAAGGCCAGGCCCGAAGGAGAAGGAAGUGCUUAGGCCAAGGAGUCCCAGAAGAGCCUUGCAGUCACUCCACAGGGGACCUUUUGUGCCACCAGCUGGGUAUCGUCCUGCCCAGUCUUUGAUUGGGCAGCCUGGUUUCAGGAAAUCUGCCAUGGCAACGUGGCUUUGCUCGAGCCAGUACUGGUAUAGGAUGAGCUCCUAGGUUCUCUGUGUGUGUGUGUUGAAUUCUGGUUUGCACCAAACGUUCACUUGCGUAAAAGCAAAGUUGACUGUGCUCAGCUGGCUUUGAGGGGUCUGUCCUGGCUGGGUCUGUCCUAAGGCUGAGUUUGGGGAGGUGGUGCCUGGCCAGGAGCCCCUACAAGGUGAAAGCAGUACUCUGAACGUGCCCCUUCAGCAUGGCUGCUUUUCUGCCACAGCCUGUCGGUGAGCUAGCUGAUCCCCCUUGGACACACACGGCUAGAAUCCUGUUCAGCAAAUCAAGGUACCUGCGUCUGGCUUUCCUUGCUCCCAUGGCUACCUUGCCUCUUUGAAAUCUCUUGUCUUGACUGCUGAGUUCAAGGGAAAGGGUGGCCCUAGCUGCUUACCGCUGGGGGGGGGGAUGGCACCAGACUUGAUGGGGCUGCAGGAACAAGACCCAAACGUAGCCCUUGUAAUUACUGCCCAGACUUGUACUGGUGGGGGGGUGGCUGUCAUUUCCCUAGCAGGCAGGCACACAAGGUAACCUUUUUUUCUUUUUUUUAAGCAGAAUGUUGUCUUUGGGCCCUCCCAAGUGCUUAACAGGGCAGUGAGUCCAAAGGGGAGGGGGUUAUGCUUUUGGCUUGGCCUGAAAUGGGGAUACUGCGUCUUUCAGCCAUAUCUCCCUUGUACUUUGACCGUUUUCACUGUACGCUCCAGUGACUUGUAUUCUCAAGCUUGGUGGUGUGAGCUGCGUUGUUAUACUUCUGUUGUCCCUGCACUGUAACUUCUUUGGGAACCAGUGACCCAACAGUUUGCGCUCCCCAUCUCUCCAGGCUGACACUCUUCCCUCUCUCUCUCUCACACACACAAACAAAGACACACGUGUUUCGCUGUUGUUAUUUGUCACUUGCUGGUUUCCCGUUCUCGAGAUCCAACCAACACGCCACUGUCAAGCUAUUUAAGAGAUUAGAAGGACAAGAAAUGUUUACUGGAGCCACGCGUAGGCUGGUUCUUCCAAAACCUUCCCUGCCCCAUCCCAAAUAAUUUGUGUUUACUUUUUCUGAUUUAAAAAGGAACACAGGUGCCGUUCUCAGUCACUCUGAAGCCAGCAGGGGAGCGCUAGAAUUCUAUUGGCAUUUUUUCCCUAAGCUGAAAUCCUGGAUGUUUCUCUAUUUUGGGGGAGGGGGGGUUGAUAUGAUUUAUCAGAUCAGAAUAACUGUGUUUUUUGUGUUGUCUCCCUCCCCCUUUGAUAAUUUAGUUGGGUUUUUUUCUGCACAUCUGUCUACUAAUAAAAUGUGAAAUAAAGGACACCCGGAUUGGUA